AUGUCUUCUACAAGAAUUGAUCAUAUUUAUAAACAAAAAGAUCUCGCACAAAAUUUGGCAAAAGCCAGCGAAGCAAUUCGUCGAAAACAUAAAUUAUUGAAAUUAGGUAAAGAGUCCUUUGAGCUAGCAUUAGGAGACACUUUUAAACCUAUUGUUAAUCCUCUGGAAAAGCUACUUAGUGAUAUUGAAAUACUUAAAACAGUUGAUGGUAUAAAGAAAGAGAAAAAAAUUUUUAAAAAUGAAGAACAGGAAAAAGAAUUUGACAGGUUCAACGAUAAUAAUUUAAAUGAAGAAUCAUUUAAAUCAGCAACAUUUGAAGAACAGUCACAACCUUUAGAAUUAUCUGAUCAAGAAAUACCAAUAGCGUCGUCUUCACCAUCAACUGAUGAAAAUACAAGAGAAUAUCUUACACUUUUAAAUCAAAGGAAUAAAGAUAUCGAUACUGUAUAUGGUGUAAGAAAAUUAACAAAAGACAGACUGAUGAUUGGUAAUUCUGCAAUAAGUUUCAGUCAAAACUAUAUUCAUGUUGGUAACAUGACAUUUCGCAGUAGUAAAGGGUUACUUGAGCUUCUUUUAAAAAAAAAUCCUAGCGAAUCUGUUGUGAGUUUAGAGGAUCUAGAAAACUUUAAAACAAUUAUUUUAACAACGAACGCUCAUAAAAAACACUACAGCGCUGAUGGUGAUAUUCGUGCGAGUAAAGACUUUAAAUUUAAAAAUUUUAUUGAAAAAUUCUUAUCACCUUCUAGAAAAAGUGGUAGCGAUAAGAGUUCUUUAGGUGGAGGUAUUAUUCCACAAUAUAUGACUGCUAAAGAUGGAAAUAAAUUGGAUUAUAUCUAUUGGGAUGAUCCAAAUGAAUUGGUUGAUCGAUUACGUUUACUGUUAGCAUCACAAGCAGCAGGAAAUUCAAGUCAUACAAACGAAAUUUUAUCUAUUAUUGAAGAAUUACGAGAAGCUAACAUUAUUUAUUAA